UACUAUGGUAGAUGAUACAUGGUCAUCUGGCCUCAUCCCUGCGCGGAUCUCCAUCCCCAUUUCCAUCCCCUGGAGGGGUACGGAAUAAGUGUAACUACACUAGGGCUGACCCGGAUUGCUUCAACACCAGCACUGGUACUAUCACUGGAAUUGGUAUUAGUAUUAGGAUCAAUAUGAAAAUAAAUAUUCAUAUUGAUAGAACUGCGAUCUAUCUACAAUAUCAUCUCUCCCACGAAAGAGCUUCUUCCACUGUUGCCUGCUCCUAUGAUUCCCCUUCCCAAUCCCAAACAAUAGGCCGCCGCCCCGCCCCACUGCGGCCCAGCUCCACCCACUAUGUCACCUUGCAGGAGGCCAGAAGCGAUUCGAUACAGGGUCCAUCCAUCCAGGAGGCGUCUCCGUGAAUGCGUAGGGCAGCAAUGCCGAUGAUCCAGCCCCUCCUCCUCCUCCUCUUCCUCCACAUUUCCUACUUUCUUACGGAUACCUCAACCCAACUUACAUACCCCACCACACACAUAAGCACCAAAGAGAACAGCAAAAAUGUCCUUCCACGAGUCCUGCCAGAACAUUCACCUCAUCCAUGAGAACGGUGCCACUUUGCUGCACUGCGAGGUCCGUCGUCGCAAUAACGAGUACGUGGCUCGUACGAUCCGUCU